UCAGAACAUUAUUUUGUCGUAUUCCCUAUGUUACUGUAUUGUGUUUUUUUAAUGCCUUUGUUGCUUGAAGAGGCGGUUGAUAUUAUUGCUCCUUAUUUUGAGUGUCUGCAAAAUGCGACUAUAGCUGCAAGGCUGUACGCGUUGAGAUACGGCAGCAGAAUGUUUACUUGUUUAGCAAAUCGCUUUCGAAACACGGGAAGUGUCCUUCGCCCCUUACACUGCAGACAGGGUACAAGAAGAACUGAGGGAAAUGUCAUCAAUGUUUUAGCGUACGUAGAGUUCGAUCCCCAGCUAAGUGUUCGAGUAAUUUCGAGAGACUUAGGUAUCCCUCAGACUACAGUAUUUGGAACAUUGGAAGAACACAGGUCACCGGAUUUAACCUGUCUCGAUUUCUACCUUUGGGGAAGAUUGAAAAACCUUGUUUUUUGUACGAGGUCUACGACAAGGGAAAAUAUGAUUCAACGAAUCACAGACGCUAUUCGUAGCAUAUCUAGAGCGGAAGUGGAAAAAGCUGUUUUGUCAACCAGGGAAAGGUUGGAACUAUGUGUUCAAAAUGAUGGAAGGCAGUUUGAACAUUUGGGACGACAUUGAGUAUUAGGUCUUUUGUUUGUGUUUUUCAAAGCUUACUUGAUAUGCAAAUAUACACGCUCAAUGGAUUAUUAUACUUAUAAGUAAUGCAUUCUUAU